CAAUCCCUAAACUAUUCCCGUCAAACUACGAAUGGCAGACUGUUCUUGUCGCAUUCUCACUCUAUCUUCUUCGAAGGAUGACACCUUGCAGUUUCUGCAAAGACUGGUACAGAGUGACCUCUCGAUAGCAACCGACAAUUCGUCCAUCAUCCCUUGGACUAUCGCGAACAAGUACUACACUGCCGACGUGCACUUUGAAUUCCAUCAUCUCCCAGAUUGGACACCAAACAAUCACGAGUUGGAAAGCGUGCCCGCCGUGGUGUACACAUGGACUGUCGGGGAGCCAUACCGGGAGAAUGUCCAGAUGAUUUCGCAACGCCUAUCACAUCAUGAUUUCGAAGUAUCUCUGGCCAUUCGACUUCCAUCUACUACGGCCAGAGGUGAAGGUACUGAUGAUGACGAAAUAGACUCAUUUCUUGGGUCCCUGGGAUUUGAAUUCAUCGAUGUGCAAGAUUUAGCAAAAUCUUCUGCCCAUCAUGAUCAUGGCGGAGUUUCCCGGGUCAUAGAUGCCUUGAGCACGAUCAUGUGGCCGUCCAUGGUACAAACUUCUUCUAAAGGAAGGGGUCUUGGCCUCUUGGUGACGAACCCUGAUACGGGAGAAGACCUCAGCAGCCUCAUCGCUACGUCCGCCCCAGGAGGACGUGAUCGUAUGCAACGAGAACUGGAAGAGUUAGAGCGGUGGUUCGACGAAGAUAAUUUCGGUGGCCAUCUUGAUGCAAGGGAGAAAACCAUGAGCAAUGAUCCAUGGAGUGCCGCAGCCACAACCGGCAGCUUGUCGCCUACGGAGGAUCCCUCUACCCAGGGCCCUCACAAUAACACAUUUGACGACGAUUUCACCGCUUUCGUGUCUGCUUCAGCGGCAGCGGCAGAUGUUGAAGCUCAGUCUGCACAAACAUCAUCUGAGAUACGAAUCCCACCUCUCCCUUCACUAAAUUUCGAUUCAACGUUCACUUUUGACUCUGGCUCUGAUACCUCUGGACGAUCGACGCCAGCUAAUGAAGAACACAACUUUUCUCGCUUAUCUGCGAAUGCCUCGGAUCUUGGUGUAUCUUAUAGAUCUUUAGGGUCAGUUUCCGAUUUUGGGGAUCCAGAAGCAGAGGGAUCCGAACACGACGAUUCCGGCAACGAAAUGCCUUCAAAUGCCGAGAUUGCUGCUACCUCAAAGCGUAUCUUCGGUGCAACACCUCUUGCUUUCUCAUCCACUGAUGCAAAUAACACUUGUUCGCUGCAAGAGAAUCUUUCCGUGCCAUCUGAAGUCGAAGCCGCCGACCCAUCAGAAGCGGACCUCGAGCGUUUCGAUCUGCAAAGGAUGCUGAGUGCGCUUCAGGGUCUUAAGGAGGAAAUUGCGGGGAUGCCCGAUUCGCAGGAACGUAAGAGGGCAGCUGCUAGAGUAGCCUUAGGUUUGGUUUAUGGGCUUGAUGGAAAUUCCGAUUGAAAGUAAAGAACUGGAUGCACAGCUGGGAGAUUUUGUUAUCUACAACUGUCUUACGCGACUGGUCGUGUAGACGCGUCCCGUGUAAAUCAAUGGCCAUUUUGACACUGUAACUUCCAAGCUUCCUGCUGUGCUACCGUUUGCACUGCGUAUCCUCUUAC